UCUCCAGUCCGUUUUCUACCCCGGAGACGGAAUGGAUUCUUAUGUCUUUCUCCUUCUACUUCUACCCUUUCGAAGAUGUGCGUGCAGUGAGGGAGAACUACACAGUUUACUCCUGGAGAAGUAUAAUGUUGCAGUCCGACCUACAAAACACUUUAACAGUUCUUUAGAGGUCACAUUCGUCCUGGCUCUCACGCAGAUUAUUGACGUGGAUGAGAGGAACCAGGUGUUGACUACGAACUGCUGGAUGUCCCAAGAAUGGGAGGAUGUAAACCUAAAUUGGAAUUCUACACAAUUUAAUUAUAUACCUAGUAUUAGGAUACCCUUGACACAGGUAUGGAGGCCAGAUAUAACACUGUACAAUAACGCGGACAGACAUUUUGCAUCAGGUACCCUGAGCAGUAACGUGAUCGUGACCAGUAACGGGCACGUGACGUGGCUGAGCUCCGCCAUCUUCAAGUCGUCCUGCUCCAUCAACGUCGAGUUCUUCCCGUUCGACGAGCAGACCUGUAUCAUGAAGUUUGCAAGCUGGAGCUACGACGGGUUCCAGAUCAAUCUCGUAAAUUAAUCAAAAAUUGUCGAAAAUUCCAAAUUUAUUUAGAACGGAGAAUGGGAUCUAGUUGAAGCUGGAGUUCAGAGAAAUGAAGUUUUCUACUCCUGCUGUCAGGAACCAUAUCCUGAUAUAACCUACAGUAUCAAGCUUAGAAGACGACCUCUCUUCUACGUAUUUAACCUGAUCCUUCCCUGUGUUCUAAUAACUGGAAUUGCUCUGCUAAGUUUCUACAUGCCAUCAGAAUCUGGAGAGAAGGUACUGAUUUUAUAAAACGACCUACUGAGAAAAUGAAGGUAAUUUGUGUCUUUCCUUAUUAUCCCGUCCCGUGGUACUGCAUACCUUCAAAAUACUGUAACCUGAUGAAUGUACAAAACAACAAGCACUGUACAGUUAUAAUCAGUUUAGGCAUGGCUGUAUAAUAAGCUAGGCAUGGCUGUAUAAUAAGCUCCAAUUACUCUGGAUGCGCUCCAAUGUAGGGAAAAUGUCGUCUCUUAAGAUAGAUAAAAACCUCAGAUAACACUGAUUGUAAAGGCGA